AUGGUCAAGUUGUUGACGUUUUAUGCUCUAGUUACUCCUUUUAUAUUCACACGUUUCUGCUUUGGCGCACAGACUACCGCCGGUCUCCAGGAAUCAACUCGACAUCGCACAGGGGCCUCCUUUACACACGCCAGUCGCGAGGAGGAGGAAGAAGAAGUCGAACACGACCUUGAUGCCGCAGAGGACAGGUAA